AUGGAAUCAAUCCUAGCCAAUGAAAUGUUCAACUUGAAACUUGACUGUACUGAAUCUGUCGUUCCUCGUGGUCCUACUUAUCAAAAUGUUCCUGUCACCAACAAAGCCUGUGCUUGGCAAGGUGCUACUUUGGGUAAUGAUUAUGUUAGAGGUAAGGAUUACUUGAAGAACGGUUUGAGUUAUAAGUACAGCCAUGUCUGGAGAAACUUUGGUAUCUUGAUUGGUUUCCUUUGUUUCUUCAUAGCCAUGAACUUGUUUGCUUCCGAAUACAUCAAGCCAUUGUUCUACAAUGAUGGUCCAGAAGCUGUUCAACAUUUCAUUAACAGAUGGUUCCGCAGAUCAGCCACUCAUUCUACUACCUCAUCUUCUUCUCCUGAAAACAUUAAGUUGAAGGAAGAUGUUGUUGUUAAGUCUGCUUCCCUA